UUUCCUUCUUUCCCUAUUAUCGAGCAUCUACUCUACCAAGUACCAGGUCCCAAGAGAAGAAAGUAACUCGUGCAAAACUCACAACCAAUACCUUAAAAAGGGCAACGACCUUGUCAAAACUUAAAAGCCAAUAAUCACUUCCAUCCAAGUUUGCUAAUACGACACUGUGAUUGUUUGUGAUGGCAACAGCUGAAGCCAUGGCAACGGUGGCCGAUAAGGCCCCAAUAACCUCUGAGAGAAAGGUCCCUGAAGACUUGGAGACCAAACUCCCCAAACCCUAUUUGCCUCGAGCUUUGACAGCCUCUGAUACUGAGAAUGUGAAUGGCACAUGGGACCACAAACAUAAUAACAUGUCUGUUCUUCAGCAGCAUGCAGCCUUCUUCGACCUUGACAAUGAUGGCAUCAUCUACCCGUGGGAGACAUAUAGAGGAUUCCGCUCAAUCGGUUUCAACGUGAUUUCUUCCUUCAUAUUUAUGAUUAUUAUUCAUGCAGCUGUCAGUUAUUCUACUCUUCCUACAUGGCUACCUUCACCUUUGUUCCCAAUUCACAUACAAAACAUACACAGGGCAAAGCAUGGAGGUGACUCGGGGAGCUAUGACACGGAGGGAAGGUUCAUCCCAGCAAAUUUUGAAAUCAUGUUCAGCAAGUAUGCUCGCAAAGUGCCUGAUAAAUUGACAUUAAGGGAGCUCUGGCACAUGACUCAAGCAAACAGUGUUGCAUAUGACUUCUUUGGCUGGGCUGCCAGUAAAUUUGAGUGGGGAGUUUUGUAUAUUUUAGCAAGAGACGAAGAAGGUUUUCUGUCAAAAGAAGCUGUGAGGCGUUGUUUUGAUGGGAGCUUAUUUGAGUAUUGUGCUAAAGUGCGUAAGGGUACUGCUGGAAAGAUGGCAUGACAGCUUCUUUGGUCUAACAGCUGGACCAGUUCAAAGAGCAAAUAAAAUUAGCAAAAUGCAUUUCUUUCCAGCGUCCAUAUGUCUUGUUACCUUGACAGACUAAGCAUCAUGUUCAGUUAACCCGGCACAGACUAGUUCAGAACACAUAUAUGAUGAUUCUUCAGUAUAUCGUUGAACUGAUAACGCAAGUAAUUGCAUUUAUGGAGACAGAGCUAUUAAAUAUAUGAAGGUUAAAAUAGUUUAAUCCGUCAAUUGUCAGACAUGGAUGAAUUUUAUAGCUGAUAAUUUUUACUUCAAUGCCAUUCUUAUAUGUUCAAUUUCAAUCACCUUCCUCGAAACCCAAAUUUAAACA